GAAGGAGGAUGUUGCUUUUCGUGAUGCUAGUUUAGGCCAGGAUGCAUCAGUUCCAGUGAUAUGGUGGGUGACUGUGUUUUUCAUAGCUCCGCUUCAUAGCUGCACUGCAUAAUCCCACCGCUCCGCUCUACAGAAGAGAAGAUGCUUUACUCAGCUUGAUGUGACAGACACAAAAAGGAGGAGGUUGGAGGAGGAGGAGGAGAGAAAAGGACUAUGAGAUCUGGGUACCCACGUCCUACAUCCCAAAUAUGAUGAAGAUGGAGGGUAAGACCCCAAGUGGGGGGCCAAGGAGUUCUUCUCCACAUAGGAAUGCAUAUGAGGUUGGGGUGCAGGCGCUACGUGGUAAUAAGGAUGGGGAACCUGAAGCGGAGUCAGAGGAAGCGCGCAAAUCAAGGUGCAAAUAUGGUUCUAAUGUUCACCGUAUUAAGAACAUGUUCCUACAGAUGGGGACAGGUCCAGCAGGUACCGAAAACGACACUGCUAAGGCCAAGGAGAAGCCAUCUCGACUGACUUUGCCGCGGGCCGGCAGCCUAAAUGAAAAUGUCAACCAUAGCGCCCUGCUAAAGCUGGGGACCAGUGUAUCGGAGCGGGUAAGCCAUUUCGAUACAAAUGCAGACCGACCGCCUUCCAAACUGCAGGAGGCACGCCGAGUGUUUGAGAGGAACCUCCAAGAAAAGGAGACCACCAACAGAAUUUUUCUGCGUAAGGAAAGAGGUGGGUUUCAGGACAGAAAACUGGAUGUUGUAGUGAGGUUCGGAGGGAGCACAGAGUCACUUGACAAGCUGGACACCGAUGCUGUCUCGCCCACCGUCAGCCAACUGAGUGCAGUUUUUGAGAAUGCAGACCUCCGUAAUAACAUUCACAAAGUUCCCAUUAAAGGUCCAACUAGCAGGCGGACAAGGCUUUUCCAACCAGAAGUGGCCAAGGCCACAGAAGACAAGAAACUCAGUGGAAAAGGUUUAGAAGCUGCUCAAAAGCCAAGCUCAGUCCAGGAAAUAUGUAAGAUCAAACCAGUGGAAGUGGAAGAAAGUGGGGAAUCAGAAACAGAUGUGACCAAGGAGACGGAAGCACCAAAGGAUGAGGGCACUGCCAACAUUGCAACUGAAAAUGGAGGCUCAGAAGCCAAGGGGGUUACAGCUCGGGAAGCGGAGCUAGAAGAGGUGGAAGUGGCAGAAGAUGACUACAAAAGGGAAGACUGGUCUGAGGUUGAGGUUAUAGAACUCAGUGCUUAUAGUGGACUUGGGGAGGACUCAGGGGGAAGUGGUUUGGAUGAAGAUGAGGAUGGAUUUUAUGAAGCAGUCAACAGUUGUCAAGAGAUUGAGGGUCUUUCUGAAGAAGAAGAACCAGCCCCAACACGAAAGAUACGCUUUAGCACAUCCCCCAUCAAGGUGUUUAGCACAUACUCUAAUGAGGAAUAUGACCGGCGCAAUGACGAUGUGGAUCCUAUGGCUGCCUCAGCAGAAUAUGAGCUUGAGAAGAGGGUGGAGAGGCUGGAACUCUUCCCUGUGGAACUUGAGAAAGACUCUGAAGGUCUUGGAAUCAGUAUUAUUGGGAUGGGGGCUGGAGCAGAUAUGGGUCUCGAAAAGCUCGGAAUAUUUGUCAAAACUGUGACAGAAGGUGGAGCAGCCCACCGGGAUGGAAGGAUCCAGGUGAACGACCUUUUGGUGGAAGUUGAUGGGACAAGUUUAGUUGGGGUUACGCAGUCCUUUGCAGCAUCUGUCCUAAGAAAUACCAAGGGGCGUGUAAGGUUUUUGAUCGGUCGAGAAAAACCAGGGGAACAGAGCGAGGUUGCCCAACUCAUUCAACAAACUCUGGAACAGGAGAGGUGGCAAAGGGAGAACAUGGAGCAGCGUUAUAACCAGUGUAAUGAAGACGAUGAGGAAACAGGGGAAUAUGCUACAGAUGAAGAAGAUGAAGAGAUGAGCCCCAUGUUUCCAGGAGGUGAUCUGGCAAUUGAAGUUUUUGAGCUACCUGAAGGAGAAGAUACAUUGUCCCCGGUGGAGAUGGAUCCGGAAAAACUAGUGCACAAAUUCAAAGAGUUGCAGAUAAAGCAUGCUGUAACAGAAGCCGAGAUCCAGCAGCUCAAGAGAAAGUUGGCCGGUUUGGAGCAAGAACGUUCUCGAUGGCGGAUGGAGAAAGUUCAACUACAACAAAGUGUCCAGGAGAACAGGGAUCGUGUAGAGAAGCUGCAGGGAUACUGGAUGGAGGCUCAGAGCUUGUGUCAGGCCGUGGACGAGCAUCUUAAGGAGACCCAAGCGCAACACCAGGGUCUAGAGCGCAAGUACAGUAAAGCCAAAAGGUUGAUAAAGGAGUACCAGCAAAAGGAACUGGACUUCUUAAAGAAAGAGGAAAUACAGAAGCAAGCACUGGAAGAAGUGGAGAAUGCACAUGCGACAGAGAUCCAGAAACUACAUGAAAAGGUCUCAGAAUUAGAGAAGAAGCUUGCCACCCUCCAGUGUUCCACCCCUACUUAGUCUGAAUGUUGCACAGGAUGGGGAAUGUUGGGCGGGAGAUGGGCACCACUAACCCACUCUUGCAGAAUUUCUGCCCCUAGUGAUGGAAUUGCAGCCAAUUGCCCCCUUCCCAUAGCUCAUUUACUACCCCAGCCAUUCAGUUGGGUGGUUGGUUUACUAUUCACUGGGAUGCUGACAAGUGAUUGUCGUUCUUCGUUGAUAUCUGACUGGGCAACCACAGAUACCGGCUGGAUGUAUUGUGGCCUGUGUCUUCAUACCAACCAUGUAAUAAUGUGGACAUCAGGGCUCUGUAACAGAACUUGGGUUGUGCCACUUCUCAAGAUAUUUUAUUCAGUGACUGUCAAUGAGGACAUUGCAAUGACUGGGGUUGUUGGCUCCCUAGUGGCCUAAGCAGUGACUGAAGCCUCUCUACCUGGAUUUUGCGUGUCUCUGUGCUGUGUUUGUGCUGGUGGUCUCUGUCUUUUACCUGCCCUUGGUAUCUCAAGAACAGUGUGUACCGCACACCAUUAUCCACCCCAUACUUUUAUUUACAAUCUGUGAAUCCUCGACCGCUCUCCCCAAGUGUGACUAAUGCAAGUGUGUGCAAGUGUGACCCCUAUCCACAUUGGAAGUCGCCAUUUUGAGCUAGAACCAAUAUCAACUUGCCUACUAACAUCAUGGAGGAAUGAAGUACAAGGCAUCUCAAUGUAAUUCGAGCUUGGUGCCACCAUGAAUAUUGGUUUAGCCUAUAACAUGGACGAAUCUUUCAAUGUGUAAAUAUUAGCAACAAUAUAGGUGAGUACCAAGCAAGUGGUAUAGUAUGCAAGGGGUAAGGUCUGUAUACCAGGAUGAAUGCAAUAGCUUUGCUCUGCUAUACAAUGUACUUCUCAAAUAUGUGCAUAUGAUAGCAUAUACAUACAUUUGGAAAGAAGUACCCAAAAAUGUCUUAUUUUUGGAUGGCACCUAAUACCAAUGCCAGGAGGUGUGUGCACGACUGGAUUGUGCAUUCCACAGAGCAGUGACAGUGAGAGGUGUGUAUGUGUUGCGUGUGUACAUCUGUAUACACAGGCGUGCCAGAUUGUCACAUCCCAGCUGUAUAUAGCUUUGUAUAACUGUGAGUCAAUCUCUGCCGGGUCUUGAAAUCUCUGAACCUGUAACCGCACUUGCAGUGCUAGUAAUGAAAAGCCACUAUUUCUGGCUAGGAAGCUGCCGGCAGCCAUGUUUGUAACUGGUUAACCAUUCCUGUUACAGUGACUUAUUACGAAAGCAAAUGGAAAGGGAGAACCUGAUGGCAUUGGGUUGACGUUUGACGUUAAGCAGACUGGCACUGUCCGCAAAGAGAAGGGGGUUAUUUGUAUAUUUUGAACAAUGGAUGCAUGGGGUGAAGAGGACUGCCACUAGGGGACAUGAAUGAGUCUGGAGGUUUGAGUGAUACUGUGCCAAAUUACUAUCUGUCUAUUUAUUGGUCUGUAACUGAGGAAGCGUGAGGAACGGAAGAUGUAUAUACGACGUCGAACUCAAUAUGGGGAAAAGGAAAUGGAAGUGUUUUGGGGGGAUAAUGAACUGGAUAAAAAAAAGUUUGACAUUAAACAGACUCAAAUAAU